AUGCACUCAAACCCUAACCCUAAUAGAGAUGGUAGCUACCACCACCUUCUUUCUCCAACUCCGGCGCUGCAACAAUUUAUGCCGCCUCUCAUCAUAGGUGUCGUCCAAGCGAAGCUAAUCAUCGACGAAACCCCUGUCAGUGACGAAAAGCCACAAGCGACCGAUGUCACCGGACCACCGCCCCUCCGCUAUGCAAGUUGGGAAUCACCAAACCAACGUUGUUAUUGCUUUCGUUACUACUGGCAACGACAAACCUCCUCAUCUCCUUAUUUCUCUCCAUAUGACUACGUCACCGCUGUCGUCCAGAGUGAAAGGCAUGAAGGACCACCAUGGCAGUCGGCCAUGGUGGCUGCCACCGUUAACGAAGUUGUUGUCGCCGUUUCUUGUGCUACUGCCGUCGCUACCCACCAUAGGUGGGUGUUGGGUUUAUGUUCCGAGCAAAGGAUAGUAGGAAUAAUGAAAAGAAAAGUUCAAACCACCACCGUAGGGUGGUGGUUGCUGCCUCCUGCCGCCACCGGCCGCCGUGUCGGGUGGCGGUGUGCUUUGAUUGCGCUUGGACCUCGUUUGGGGGAUGUUUGGACAAUGUGGGACUAA